ACGAAUGGUCACACCGUUUUUCACGUUUUUUGCGUUUGUUUGGCUUUUUAUUCGAUCUUAGGCUUUAUCCAGAAUUUGGGAAUAUUAGAGAUGGGUCGCAACAAGGCAAACAACAAAAAGGUGACUCCUGGAGCCGCCAAGCCUAAGACUGCGCUGAACAAGUCCAAGAAGGCCAAGAACGUGUUCAAGGUGGCCGACGGGAACAAGGGCAAGGGUAAGAAGCCCAAGGAAGUGCAGGGCAAGCUCAAGCAGAUAAAGGAAUCUGUAAAGGCCAAGCAGGAGAAGGUGGACGCCAGCCUGAAGACUCUGCACAAGGAUCUGGUGGUGAAGAAGCCAAAAGCCCCAGUGGCACCCAUCAAGAACAACAAGAAGAAGGGGGCCAAUGCCCAGAAAGUGUCCGACACUUUGGGCAAACUCAAGUUCUAAGUAACUCCGCCGGAUGCCACAUAGUGCGGUUUACGUUUUACGUAUAGUAGAUGUAGUUAGUCCCCAUUGAUUGUUAAAGACCUUGGUCUGAUGUUGCUAGGGCAAAGAUUAUCCAAAAUAUACGAUAGCUAUAUGGACAGUGAUGGGAAGUAAUCAUCUAGGUAGUGAUUCUUUACUUCUUACUAGAAGUACUAAUUUAUCUCUUGACCUCUUUGAAACCUUUUAUAAAUUUUGACUUUCAUUCCGUUAACAAUCAUAUACCUGAUAAGUAUAGUUUCCAAAUAAUAGGCAUUAGAAAUAAUCGUUGAUCCCAAAUUCAUUUUAAUGAAUAAUAUGCAUCUCUUUGCAUUCUUCGGUUUUAAGUGUACCUUAGUAGGAAUUAUAUAUUUCAAAUCCUACCUAUGAAUGGUUAGCUCUCCCAUCACUGUAUUAUGGCAACCUAGACAACCA